AAGCUUCGUUUGUAUUUGGUUGGUGGUUCGAGCACCGUCCUAACGUAAUGAGAGAUUCGUUUGUGCAAUCACAAUACGUUUGUUACACAAAUCCGGAAAAUUUUGCCUUAUCUCGAAAUACAUUCCCUUAGAUAUAGCAUGUUUUAAUUGUCCCCUCACAUACAGGUGAGUCUGGCUAGUUUCUGUUUUUCCACUGUGUUGGGAUAACAUUCUGGUUAAGUCGCUUAGCUAGCUAUAUUAGCUUAGCUGAAAAGCCUAGCCAUGUUAGGUCUACCAUCCCCACCAUCCUGACACAAAGCAGCAGACAUGGUAGAGCCAACAACACGAAAGUUUGCAUCCCUAGAAGAGGAGCUGGGCUUCUGGAAGGAGCAGGCAGAGAGACAUCAGCAAAGGGCUGAUGAGGCUCAGGAUGAGCUGCAGGAGUUUCAGCAGAUGAGUCGCGACUAUGAAGCAGAACUGGAAACCGAACUGAAGCAGUGUGAGGGUCGAAACAAAGAGCUGCUUUUAGACAACAAUCGACUCCGCAUGGAACUGGAAAGCAUAAAGGAGAAAUUCGAGGCUCAGCAUUCUGAUGCUUUUAGGCACAUCUCUACCCUGGAAGAAGAUCUGGCAGAAACCAAAGCGAUGAGAGAUCACCUGCAGAAAUACAUCAGAGAGCUAGAGCAGUCCAAUGAUGACCUGGAGAGAACCAAAAGGGCUACCAUCAUGUCUCUGGAAGACUUUGAGCAGCGGAUGAACCAUGUCAUCGAGAGGAAUGCCUUUCUUGAAAGCGAGUUGGAUGAGAAAGAGAACCUGCUUGAGUCUGUUCAGAGGCUUAAGGAUGAAGCCAGAGACCUUCGCCAGGAGCUGGCUGUACGUCAGAAGGAAAGACGGCCAUCCAGCAGCCUGGGCAAAGACAUAGAUCGAUCAGAUCUGCCAUGCCCCUCAGCUGGUAACCCAUCCAUCCCUGUCACACCCUCCAAACCUAUCAGUUCAUUUGCCACGCCCCCCGCUUCCAUAAUCCGACGAGGUGAUGGUCUAACGGGGACUCCCCUCACUACGUCUGCUAGAAUAUCUGCGCUCAACAUUGUAGGGGAGCUGCUGAGAAAAGUUGGAAACCUGGAGUCAAAGUUGGCAUCCUGUCGAGACUUUGUGUACGACACGUCUGUCAACAGACCAGCACUUCCGGCUGGCCCUGGUAGUCCUUCUCGUUUAGAGGGAGGCCCUGAGGUCCAAGCUACCAGCAUGACCCCUCCUCCUCAGUACGACAGUUUAGUAAAGCGGUUAGAGUUUGGACCAGCUCCUCCGAGAGGAGUCUCCCAGGGCACCCAGUCUCCACAGGGAGGGGUCAAGAUUCUGCUAUGAGAGAAAAAGAAGACCUGACACCGAACCUCCUGUCCCCUCUCCCCCCCCCUUAAUAAACUGCAGCAAUGGGACUUUGAACUGAGCUUCCCUUGUCGCCACGUGCCCUGCUGAGCUAUUUGAACAAGAAGGCCACUCUCUUUGCUCCAUGUCCCACAUCAUCAGCGCAUGGACUUCUGCAGCCUCAGGCUAGUAGUACACCAUAUCUAUCAUAGGAAGCAGCGCUACAGCUUGUGUAAAAGUCAAGGAACGAAGAACCUACUGCUCACACUAUAUCUGCUGUAUCUUGGACGCUGUGGUGGGUAGCUACUGGAUGUGGACCCUAAUAUAGGGACCAAGUACCUGAGUGUCAGUUAUAAAAAGGUUCGAUAGUACCAAACCAAAGCUUUGAAAAACUGAUCAAACAUAAAAGUAAUGGGUUAGGUGUUUUUUCUCUUUUGAAUCUAAUAUGAAAAACAUGAUAAAACUUUGACAAAAAUUUCAACAUAUGUUUUUGUUCUUUAUUCUUUGAAUAAUGUAGCACUUAACACUGGCAUGAAUUAACCCCCCCCCUAUUUUUGUUUAGAAGAUAUUCAGAUUUUUCCACUGCUACAAAAACUUCAAGUGGAGAAUGAAUUAGUUGCUGGUGUUAGUAUUUUAUUCAUUGUUGCCUUUAUCAAUGUUAUUACCUCUUCAGUUUGCAGGCCUUGCUUUGCUGUAGUAGUUCAAAUAAAUGAAAUGGGUUAUUCCUCAUGCUGCCAGGCUUCUAGAAAUUACAUAAUAUCACUUGUCAUCGGGCUGGUUUAAUCUCACAUGGUCUUCGGGUUGACCCAGGUCCCUUCUAUCACCUCUUUCCUUGUUUUAGCAGAGUAAUCAUUUUCUGGUAUGCAAGGAUUAUGAAUGUGAAGUAUAGGAAUAGGUGUUCUGCCUCAGAGAUGAGAUAUUCAUUUGUCAUGCUACAGAUUUAUGAUCUAGUGUUACCAAUAACUUUUAUACUGAUUUUAGUUGGCUGUAGAAGUUAAAUUGGCACAUGUUCACUACUGAAUGUAUAGUAAUAAUUCCCUAAUAGGUGUGAGACCUCCUGUCUGCCAUCAAGGGUUAUAUGGUAGGCGAAUGGGGGAAAAUACCAAGCAAUAAUAGAUUUUAACAGGUCAAAGAUAAGCACAUUUCAUAGUAUAUGUGUAGGUAUAUAGAGCCUAUAUUGAAUACCCUUUUCCUGCCUUUUAGUAAGAGAUAUUGUGAGUGGGGAAAUAGUGAUUAACAGUUUUAAUGUGACGUAUGCGCUUUUACCUGAAAUGUUUCUGGUUAAUCUUGAGUUAUCACUACUGCCAUCCAGCAGCUCAUUAAGCAAAUAUUACAGUACAUAUCUAAAUAUCAUGUUUAUACAGCAGUUGCCACUGUGUACUGCUAGAUACUACUGUGUAGCGUGUGUGUGUGUGUGUGUAGGAAUUAACUUGUAGUUCAUACAUAUGAGAACAGGAUGUCCUGCUCCUCUUUGCUGUUUAACCUUCCUUGAACUAACACAAGCUAACUUUAAUUGUAAUCCACGACCACUGUGUACUGGGUGUUUGUUUGUAUGUAGCAGCUCUGCAACUGCUUCUCUAUUUGGACUUUAAACUGUAUGUGCCUGAGGUACUCUACCCUACUUUUAUCCUGUUGGUUUUCUAUUGAACUGAGCAGAUGAGAAUAACGUUCUGUUGUGAUGAUCCAGUUUGAUCUUUGAAGUUGCUGACCAAGACAGAAACAUUAAAAGGAGAAAAUCACAA